AGCUCAUGAGAUAGGUAUGCAUAUACAGCCUUAAGAAAGUUCAAGCCUUCAAGCACAAAAAUGGUAGCCAUUGUGGCUUCUUACAUUGUCACUCCAAAUCAACCAACUCCCAAUGAUCCUUUAUGGAUGUCUGAUAGUGACCAAAUCGGGCACCUACUUCAUGUAUCCAGUAUCUACAUUUACAAAGCAAAACACAACAGCCACAUAAUUGAGAGGAUGAGAAACUCUCUUAGCAAGCUUUUGGUGUACUACUAUCCUGUAGCUGGCAGGUUGAGCUUGACAAAAAGUGGUCGAAUGGAAGUGGAUUGUAACGCAAAGGGAGUGACAUUGGUUGAAGCUGAAAGCACAAAAAGAUUUGGUGAUUAUGGAGACUUUUCACCCUCUGAGUCCACAGAGGAACUUGUUCCAAAAGUUGAUUACACUCAACCUAUAGAGGAGAUUCCCCUACUGCUACUGCAAUUAACAAGGUUCCAUGGUGGUGAAGGCCUUGCCAUUGGAGUUGUUAUGUCUCAUCCAUUGACUGAUGCGAUUGGCUUCGUUCACUUCAUGAACAGAUGGGCAAAGCUGACUCGAGGAGAAGCACAAGAACCUAAUGAAAUUCCAUUUCUUGAUCGAACACUACUCAAGUUACCACAUCAGCCAUCAGCACCAAGCGUUAAACUUCCAGAGUGGAAGCCAGCACCAAAAAUACCAGGAAAAGAGCAAACGAGAAGUGCUGCAUUGCUUGAGCUCACAUCAAACCAGGUACAGAGGCUAAAGGAGAAGGCUAAUGAUCAAUCUUCAAAAGAAGGUUCAAGACCUUAUAGCAGAUUUGAAGUUGUUGCCGCUCAUAUAUGGAGAUGUGCAGCUAAGGCUCGUGAAUCUGGUGAGAACCACCCAACUGUCGCUCGGUUUAGUGUUGAUUUUCGCAAAAGAUUGAAUCCACCUCUCCCUCAGAAUUUUUUCGGAAAUGCUUUGGCAAAAGCAGUGACACCUAAAUGUUAUGAGAGAGAUAUCAUAUCAAACCCAUUAAGUUUUGCUGCUCAAAAGAUAAGGGAAGGAGCUCAUGCAGUUACGGAUGAGUAUAUAAGGUCACAAUUAAAUGUUAUUUUAGGGCAACAGCAAUUGGAUCAAAUAAGGGCUUUUUUCAAGGGACAAGGACACCGUCUGAAUGUCCCGUAUGCUGGGGAUCAUAACAUCCUACUUACAAGCUGGAUUACCAUGCCAUUGUAUGAAGCAGAUUUUGGUUGGGGAAAGCCAGUGCUCUUUGGUUUAGCAACUCGGUUUCAAGAAGAUAGGGCAGCAAUUCUUCCAAACCCAGAAGGAUACGGUGUUACUGUCAGCAUAUUUUUCCAGACAACACUUAUGCAGCUCUUCAAAACAUUCUUCUAUGAGGAUAUGUAGGUAUCCUCGUUAUAGCACAUAUUUGGAGCUAGGAAAUAUCCUGUUAGUUAUUGUGUUUAGGACUGCUGCAAUGGUUCCGCUUUGCAGUUUAAUUUUAAAGUUCUGUUUCCUAGUUUUUAGAUGUUGACAAUGUUCAAUUUCUUUAUUAAGUUUCCUUGAUCGUGGGCUAACUAGAGCAGAGAGCAAUAGCACAUGAUCUACGAUCUAUAAUACAUGUAAUUUCCCUAUAUGCAAUGCAACGAUCUUACAUGUGACUUGUGAUUUUCUA